UGCCCUGCACUCGGCUGCUGCGCUCCCCAAGCUGAGCUGCGCCCCUAGGAGCUCAGUGCCGGGUACGUCCCCAGCCCGGACACUGUCAGGCGGGCAGGUUUGGCCGAGUGGCCCCCACAAGGGGUCUAGAUGGAAGACCGGCAGGGGCUGGGGGGGGGGGGGGACCCAGCCCGGCCCCUCCCGCUGACAGGGCGGCCCCGCGCGGGCUCCUCCCCCAGCGCCCGGGAUCAGUUGACGCGCGGUUCCGCAGGUGGCAGUGAUGGCCCAGUGCUGAGCGCCCCGCCAUGGCCGGCACCCCCGGACUCCUGCGCCUGGCGCUUCUGCUGCUCGGGGCGGUGGGCAGGGCCGGCCCCCGCCCCCAGGAAAACUGUCCCAGAACAGAGAGGAGGAAGAAUGAUGCUCCACUCCGGCUGAGAACCCAGAUGUGGAUAGAGGGUGCCACUGUGUCCCUCUCAGAGACUGUGCAGAAAUGGCGAGAAUACCGGCGCCAAUGCCAGAACUUCCUGGCGGAGGCUCCACUCCCAGCCACAGGUCUUUUCUGCAACCGAACCUUCGAUGACUAUGCCUGCUGGCCAGAUGGGCUGCCAGGCUCAUUCGUGAAUGUCAGCUGCCCCUGGUACCUGCCCUGGGCCAGCAGUGUGUUGCAGGGUCACGUGUACCGGUUCUGCACAGCAGAUGGCCUGUGGCUGCACAAAGACAACUCCAGCCUGCCUUGGAGGGACCUGACAGAGUGUGAGGAGUCCAAGCGAGGAGACAGAGGCUCCCCGGAGGAGCAGCUCCUGUCCCUCUAUAUCAUCUAUACCGUGGGCUACUCGCUCUCCUUCUCUGCGCUGAUUAUCGCUUCUGCCAUCCUCCUUGGCUUCAGACACCUGCACUGCACUCGGAACUACAUCCACUUGAACCUCUUUGCUUCCUUCAUCCUCCGAGCACUAUCUGUAUUCAUCAAGGAUGCGGCCCUCAAGUGGAUGUACAGCACGGCAGCCCAGCAGCACCAGUGGGAUGGGCUUCUCUCCUACCAGGACUCUCUGAGCUGCCGCCUGGUGUUCCUGCUGAUGCAAUACUGCGUGGCAGCCAACUACUACUGGCUCCUGGUGGAGGGCGUGUACCUUUACACGCUGCUGGCCCUUUCAGUCUUCUCUGAGCAGCGCAUCUUCAGGCUCUAUCUGAGCAUAGGCUGGGGUGUCCCCCUGCUGUUUGUUAUACCCUGGGGCAUUGUCAAGCACCUCUAUGAGGAUGAGGGUUGCUGGACCAGAAACUCAAACAUGAACUACUGGCUGAUUAUCCGGCUGCCCAUUCUCUUUGCCAUUGGGGUGAACUUCCUCAUCUUCAUCCGGGUUAUCUGCAUCGUGGUGUCCAAACUGAAAGCGAAUCUCAUGUGCAAGACGGACAUCAAGUGCAGACUUGCCAAGUCCACAUUGACGCUCAUCCCCCUGCUGGGGACCCAUGAGGUCAUUUUCGCCUUCGUGAUCGAUGAGCACGCCCGGGGCACACUGCGCUUCAUCAAGCUGUUCACAGAGCUCUUCUUUACCUCCUUCCAGGGGCUGAUGGUGGCCAUCUUGUACUGCUUUGUCAACAAUGAGGUCCAGAUGGAGUUUCGGAAGAGCUGGGAGCGCUGGCGGCUAGAACACUUGCACAUCCAGAGGGACAGCAGCAUGAAGCCCCUCAAGUGUCCCACCAGCAGUGUGUAUGCAGCCACCAGCCAGGCCACCUGCAGCUAAGAUCCCAGAACCUACCCUCCUCAUGGUCUUGCUGCCAGCUGGGUGGCCAAGCCAUGGGGGAGAGACCCUCCCAGGGACAGGAAGGGAGAGACACAUACAUCCCUGCUUUCCCUUGACAAACCCAUCAGACAAGCAAAUGGGCAGUGCCUCUCGGGACCUGUGGACACAUUUUCUCAGAGGAAAAUGAAGCUUGCUAAUUUGAUCACGGUGACUAGAGGAGAGGAAAAACGACUGCUGCAAAAAAUAAGGAGGAUUUCUUCCUGCUAAGCCACAAGGCCCCUGGGGUUCCCCCCAGACAGAGCAGCAAAUCAACCCAGACUCACACUCAAGGUCAAUGGUUUAUUAGUGGAAGUAGGUCUUGCAGGAAGAAGUGGUUCUGACAGUCUAACCAAAGGCACAACCUGGAGAGUGUGAGUCCAGUUGGGUGGUGAACUGCCUCCUCCUAAGGGAAAACGUUUUUUGUGUCUGGUUUGCUUUCUUCCCUACUCUUUUUCCCUUAUUCUGCCACCAGCUCCUAGGUGGGAGCUUUGAUCACCAGCAGCUGCUACCAGACAUGACUAUGGAUGGGCUUGAGGAGAAACCUGGAGAAGGUACCUGAUGAUAUCUUUUACUGGUGUCCAUCUCUCCUUGGGUAUUGCAAUUGCUAUGGUGCCUGCUUCCUCCAUGUCUAGAGGGCACAUCACCAGUGAGCCAGCCUUGGGCAUGAGCUCUAAAUUCUAUUCUAAAUAUGGUCAAGAAUCCUUUGUGUGUGUGGAGGGGGGGGGUCAUUUAGUGAGCCACAGGAAUAUCUGCACCCAGAAUGUAGAUUAUCAGUCACCGAGGGCUGAGAGAGCUUGCCCAUGCCUCUUCAUGAAAAUCUGUUUUAUUUAUGGCUGGUUUGCAGUUCUUUCAUGGGAAUGUGGGUUCACCCUCUAACUUUCAAUGGUCUUAUCAGAAAGAGACUUUUUCAAGGAGGCUACCAGUUCCCAUCACCACCAUGGAGGCAGGCUUCCCCUGCCCUUGGUUUCAUUCCUUCAAAAGUUUUCCACUAAGGAGCUUGUGCUUUACAAGUUUUUUUUCCUUUAUUGCUGCAAAUAGUCUCUGUGUGUAAACAUACACUUCUGAUUUCUCCCACCUGAUAAAAAUAAGAACUAAAUCAUUGCAGCAGUUGUGAUGUUGGGGGGGAGGUGGUUGCAGGGUAAUAAUUGGUUUGACUUAUCUACACUUAGAGCUAAUUAAUGUCUUCCCUGCCCCUAGUCUCAUCCCAUAAAUAAUAAGCAGCAGAGAAGAGAGAUGGGGCAAACUUAGCACUCCUUCCCCCAGACAUGGUGAACAAGCAGACUCGAAACAGUACUACAGGGAUCUAGACAAAAGAAAAUGGACCAUUGCAAAGAGGGGCAAGCAAUUGAGUUUGUGGUUGCAGAUGGAGUUUCCAGAGCUAGAGAGAAUUCUUGGGAGUCUGGACCUCUUAAGAAGGAAGGGGCUGGAGUGGGGGUGGGGGCUUUGGGUCAGUUCCUUUAUGAGUCUGCCUCUCUAUUCUGCUUUUCAAAUGGUGGGGGAGCUUCCUCAAAGCCUUGUAUGAGAUACAUUCUCCUCUCCCCCUCAGAGAGGCAUGCGAUGUGCGGGGAAAUAAUAAUGGGACAUAAAACACAUCAAGCAGAAAAUUUCUUAUACUUCAACUUCAGUGAAGUGUUGUGUCUAUGAUAAUAGGGAAGUUGAACAUCAGGCUAGAGAAAGAAUUUUGCAGACUGCCUCUUUGAGAAAUGUAGAAGACUGGUAGUGGGGGCAGUCCUGUUCCUUGGAGUAAGGACAGGUUUCCCAAUAGGCACCAUUGAUUUGAUUUUCAUUUUCGAGUGGGAAGGUGGGAUACUGGUUGGUUGAUAUGGGUAUAAUUCUGGUUUGGGGUCAGCUGGUUUUGAGAAUCAUCACACAGCAUAGCAACAAUAAAGAGACAUAUUGACAUAACCAGAAACAAAUGAAUUGUUGUGUAUGUGGGGGUGGUGUAGGGAAAAAGUGUUUAGAUACUUGGGAAGUUCAGACAGUUUGUUUAAAACUAUUCAGAGAGCUUUUUUCCGGACAGGAACCUGUGAUUCCUCAUUUCAGAAGGCUGAUCCUAUCCCCACUCUCCAGGCCUUUUAACACAGCGCAGCCUUUUCUUCCUCAGAUACAUACCAGUUCCUAUACUGAAGAAAUAUUUUGCUUUAAAACCCACACUAUUAAUAUUCACUUGAAUGGCAGUGUACUCCUUCCAUGCUAUUCCUAAACUCUCCUAAGCUAAAUAUAGCUCUAACAGAUCUGGGAAUGCAAUGUACUCUGAAAUUCCGCUGGCUGUUUACAUGCCUGAUGCCACAGGUCUACAGCUUGCUAAGAACUCUCUUGUCUGCCUCUGUCCUGGGAGUGCUACUGCUGACCAGACUGGGUGUGCAUACCCUGUGUAACAGCUGGACAGCCCAUUAUGCCUGAUAACUAUCAUCAACAGAGGCUGAGUUCAGCACUCUGGUCAGCUCCCACACCCCACCCCACACCCCACCCCCCACCCCACCCUACACCCCACCCCCCACCCCAACUGGUUAGAGCCUUUAAGUCAGUCAACCUAUCUUUCCCUUUUCAAUCUUUAGAGCAGUUUAAAUCACAGUACUGAAAUCAGCCACUUACUCUGCACUGUUAUCUUCCAUUUAAGUUGAUUUUUAACUGUAGGCAUGGUUUUCAGUUGCCUCAAUGCAAAUCAAGCUAAAGACCAAACAGUUGGAGUUUGCAGAGACUUAGGAGGGAAAGAUCUCAGAGAUCUCUCCUGCCUUGAUCUAAAGAAGUGAAGAAGGAAGCCGGCAGAGGUAACUUGCUCAAGGUCACAAAGCUAGAUGGUAGCCAAGCUAGUCUACAUUCAUGCCACCUCCUACCUCCUGUCCAGUUCAGUCUCUGGAAAGGAUAAAAAGAAAAAUAUAAAUGGCCUUUGAAGUGAUUAUAAGUAAUAGUCUGUCAGCAGUGUUGUCCGGAGUUUCUGUUAAAGGGAACACAGUAGCAAAGGUAGAUACAUUGGAUAGUGACAGUACCAUCUCCUCAAUGAUUUAUACUUCUGAGAAGUAUAAAUAUAAAGCAUUGUCCUCCUUCAUCCUUGCCUUGAAAUUAAGAAAUGAAGUGCAUCAGAACAUAUGUAUGCAAAGAAACAACAACAGAGCCAUUUCAGACAGAAUGGGUUGACUGAGUGCUUUUCUGAUGCAUCUUCACUUGUUUAAGAAAGGGUGCUGAUAGGCAUGCAGAAUGGACCAAAAAAAAAAAAAAAAAUGGGGGAGGGGGUGAGUUCUUCAUCUACAUUAGCCCCUCUAGUCCUUUCUGAAGUUAGAUUAGACUAGCAAGCUGGAAAACAUUAGCCUAGUAAAAAAAGGCACAGCCACCAGGAAGAGCAAACAAUGAGAGAGUUAACUCACAAUUAUGAGUUAGGUUCAGUCACCUCAGUCAUGUGGGCCAGAUAUCUGGGUUCUGUCACCCUCCCAAGCACACACUCCAGUCUUUUUCUUCUGUGAGGAAAGUACAGUGUGUGUGUGUGUGUGUGUGUGUGUGUGUGUGUGUGUGUGUGUGUGUACUUAAUAACAUUCAGAGAUGCUGAAUCCAGAAUCAUCAUACCCACUGUGAAGGUCAGGGGGCUGCACUACCCCAGGAGAGACUGGGUAGGAGCCUGAGAUGUAGAUACUUUCUCUCCAUGCACAGACAGGGCUCCCAUUAUUGCUAAUGCCUGCAGCGUGCUCAGGGAAGGCAAAAUAUAUUCCAAAAGCAUUUUCUUCCUCCACAGAAUUGAUUCUAAUCUACAGUGCUGACCCUGCUUUGGGCUUCUAUGAGGAAAACUCUAUAAAAGUCUUCAAAUAAAAUAUGUGAACUUGCUCUGCUAAGGUGGCUAUGUGAAUGACAUGCUAAAUAUUCAACAGAAACCAAAUUAGUAUCAGUUCAGAGAGUUUUUUUUUUCCCCUGUUUGUGACUAUGGUGCACUUUUUUGAGACCAGAAAUGGUCAUAAGUAUGAAAUUUUUGCAAACAUCACCUUGCCUCCUAGGUGACCUGUUGGCUCCAACCAGUGCUCCAGCCUUCAGGGUGGGGGGGUAUGUCAGGUGUUAAGAAUAUAAUUCCAGUGGUCUGGGAGGUAACGCAGUGAUAAAGCUCUGGACUCUCAAGCAUGAGGUCUUGAGUUUGAUCCCCGGCAGCACAUGUGCCAGAGUGAUGUCCAGUUCUUUCUCUUUCCUCCUAUCUUUCUCAUAAAUAAAUAAAAUCUAAAAAAAAAAAAAGAAUAUAAUUCCAAACACUUAGGCAUAAUGUCAUAGUGUGUCUACAGUAUCUAUAAUUACAUCUGCAUUAUCAAUUGAUGUGGAUUGGCAGGAAGCAGAUAAGCAUAACUGUUUUUCCAAUUAGUUCCCUAACGACUCUUGAACUUCUCCUAUUUCUGAGUUGAUUAGAAGGGAGAGUUUGCAGUUUUCUCUCCACCCCAUCAUCAUUUCAGUUUUUCAGGAUCUUAUCCAACAGUGCAGUGUGUUUUUCCUGAUGCCUCCAUUCUCCUUUCCAUUCCUGCCCUUGGUCUCCUAUACCUUCUCCCCAAAAUGAGCACCUCCCCACAUUCCUCCCACUGUCUCAGUAGGAGGUGACCCUGCCAGGCAUGCUGUGAAUGUCAUUCUCUCAUCUGUGACCAAUUUGGAGGUGCAGCUGAGAAGGAGGUGCUGCCAGGACUGAAAAUGAUGCACCACAUUCCGUACUCGGGCACAGUCAGGAGCACUGCAGGCAGUGGCUAGGAUCCUCAUUUACACUGGGGUUAUACAACCUUUUGGAUGGGGCCUGUCAAAGUAUUAGUGUUUAGUCAUAUUAGACAAUGCAGCAUGACUAAUUAUCGAGGUAUCAGCAAUCCAGAACAAUAAAAACAUAUCAAUGAAAGUGUUUGGAUGCUAUGAAAAAAGCACUCCCAGUAGAGUUGGGAAAUAAGUUAGGGGGUUGUCAGAAAGAAGUACACUUUGUCCCCAGUCAGACAGGGCUGGGUCUUGCUAAGUGGCUCACAUUUUGCUUAUAAAUCUGCAGUUCUUCUGACCCUUUUUAAAUAAAGACAAUCAUUGCAUUUUUCUUUUUUUUUAAUUUUUUUAAUUUUUUAAAAUAUUUUAUUUAUUUAUUCCCUUUUGUUGCCCUUGUUGUUUUAUUGUUAUAGUUAUUGUUGUUGUCAUUGUUGGAUAGGACAGAGAGAAAUGGAGAGAGGAGGGGAAGACAGAGAGGAGGAGAGAAAGAUAGACACCUGCAGACCUGCUUCACCGCCUGUGAAGCGACUCCCCUGCAGGUGGGGAGCCGGGGUUUGAACCGGGAUCCUUAUGCCGGUCCUUGUGCUUUGCGCCAACUGCGCUUAACCUGCUGCGCUACAGCCCGACUCCCCUGCAUUUUUCAAAGCAGGCAGAACUCUAUAUCUCACUGGCUUCGGGAGGGAUUUGGCACAGAUCUUUUAAACGCACCCAGAGACAGGUGAACCAGGCUCUCAGGAGGGACAAAACUGAAUUACCAUCUUCUGUGCUCUUGGGGAUGUUUGCUUUUCAUGAAUGUUUAAACAAGAUAAUUUCCAUGCUCUUUGUUGACGUAUAAAUUCAUGUAAAAUAUGCUCUGCGUCUAUAGGUAGCAAAUGUGUGUGGCAUAUAAUUCCUCAUAGAGAUGUGAAUGGAUUCAGGCUUUUUCCUAAUUUGCCUUGUAAAUCAAAUAAAAGCCUGUCAUUACUGUGACUCUCUCACUCUUCCUUUGAGAGAGGAGGUUUUCUGCAAUGUCAACCUAGGUGACUCAUGGCCUAAUAGGAAAACACAAAAGAUGCUGUUUCCAGCCCAAAGGGAGGGGGAAAAAUUUGUUCAUUACUCAUAUAGUGAUUUUCAUCUUCAAAGCACUUACCAAGUACUAAUUUAUCCAUUGAAGCCUUUGUACAGGAACUGCAAUGCCAUUUAAUUAAAAAAAGUUGGUGGUUGAGUGGCUUAAACAAUGAUGGCCAAAUGGAUGUGUAUUCUAAUUCUAUCAUUCAUCUGAUAUCUCCUGUCUAAAUAAACUUAGUCCAUUAAA